UCUCGGUUCCUUAGACGAUUGCAGGUUGUGAUUCAGACUUGACGCUUAGAAAAUUCACCACCAAAAACGAUAGCAUCGGCACCCGACCGCCAUAAGCUCUGCCACCUUUUUCUCACUUGUUAUAAGCUCUGCAUUUUGCAUGUCGAUUCUUCCAUUGCUUCUCCUCCUCCUGAUAGACAGCUCAACGACACAUGCAGGAUGAAGUUGGCGAAGAAGUUCCGGCCACAGGUCAAGCCUCGCAGUUUCGGAUCAGGACUAAUCGUCGGAUGCUUUCUGGUGUCAACGACAUACGUUAUGAUGUCCAAAACUAUGAUAAGCAUGGAGCAUUUGUCUAUCCUGAAUUGCCUGCCGUCCUCGUCAUCGAUAGAUGUAACUCCUAUGAGUUCUAUGGUUGAAAAGAACAAAAGGAUUCAACUAUCAGAAUAUGAGAGUGCAACACGAGAGAGCAAGCCUACAAGAAGUGACGCUAUCGAGAUGCAUGACAAUGCUUCCUCCGCAGAGUCAGCUUCCGAAGUUCCCUUUGAAGAAGAUAAUGUUUCCAGCACGAAGAACGGAUCAGAUGGCAAGGAGGAGGAAGAGGGAAUAAGCCGGUUGUGCGAAUCGAGUUCGGGUAUUUGCAAGCCGGAAAACGAUAGGGAAGUGCUGGAGACACUAACUGCUGGUGAUUCUAGCGAAUCAGAUGGGGCGCCUGAGAGGAAGCCCAUGUGUGAUUUUUCCGACCACAGAUCAGACGUCUGCGAUAUGGAAGGUGACAUAAGAGUCAUCGGGAAGAAUCUGUCCUCUGUAAUGCUCGUUACCCCCUCUGAUCAUAAGGGCAGCAGAGACAGAAACGAGUCAUGGCAGAUCAGACCUUAUCCUCGCAAGUUCGACGACUCAGCCAUGGCUAAAGUCCGGGCUUUGAACUUGACAUCACCGCAUGGCGAUCGAGAAGCCCCUCGAUGCACCGUCAAUCACGCUGUCCCCGGCGUCCUGUUCUCGACCGGCGGACACAGCGGAAACUGCUUCCACGACUUCGCCGACGUGUUGAUUCCCCUCUUCCAAACUGCCGGCCCGUUCCAAGGCCAGGUCCAGUUCAUCAUUGCCGAUCGUCAAGGUUGGUGGAUGCACAAGUACCGCCCAUAUCUAAUGAAGCUGUCGUCGUAUGAUAUAAUCGAUUACGACAAUGACGACAGAGUGCAUUGUUUCAAGCAUGCUGUCGUUGGAUUGAGAGCCGAAAGGGACCUGAUGAUCGAUCCCGCCGGAGCCCCAGAAGGGUACUCCAUCAUGGACUUCGUGAGGCUCACGAGGAGCGCCUACUCGCUAGAGCGAGAUCGCGCGUGGGCUGCGGCCGGGGAGCCGCCCGGCAAGAAGCCAAGGCUGCUGUUGAUAGCGAGGGGCGGGACGAGAAGAUUCAUGAACUUGGAGGAGGUGGUGGGCAUGGCGGAGGGGGUGGGGUACGAGGUGGUGGCGUCGGAGCCCGACUUCUCCGAUGUGGGCAGGUUCGCACGGGUGGUGAACUCGUGCGAUGUGAUGGUGGGCGUGCACGGCGCAGGACUGACCAACUUCGUCUUCCUUCCCACCGACGCCAUCGUGAUCCAGGUGGUGCCACUGGGCAAAUUGGAUUGGAUAGCGACCAACUUUUACGCGGAGCCUGCCAUGGGAAUGAAGCUGCGGUACUUGCAGUAUGACAUAAGCGUGGAGGAGAGCACCCUGAAGGAAGCGUACCCCAGAGACCACCAGGUGUUCAAGGACCCCGAGUCCAUUCACAAGCAAGGCUGGUUCAAACUGAGGGACGUCUACCUCAAACAUCAAAACGUAGAGCUUGAUGUGAACCGAUUCAGGCCUGUCCUACAGAGGGCAUUCGAGCUUCUCCGUGAAAAGAAGUACAGUUGAAGAACCGGGAGUUCUGUAUAUUGAUUUAGUCCCAUCAAUUACGAACGACCACACGGAUGACUCUAUAUAUGCCACAGCAAUCAUUUUGCACUCAUGAAUGCCUUUCUGGGUGCUGUCACAGCAAAUUACAGUGGGCCUCGUAGCGAUGCCGCUUUUCCUUUCUGUUUUUGUACGUACGACGUGUGUGCAGUAAUACUACUACAUAGUAAAUGGCAUGUCGCCAUCCGCCCCCAAAUCACUCAACCAGCCAUGGCGAUAAG